AUGGCUUCAAUGAAUGCAGGGAUGAGCACAUGGGGUGGUGGUAAUGGCACUGUUCCUGUGCCAAAACCCAACAUUGGCAUCUUCUGCCCUGAGUUUAGCACCACUUCUGGUAUUGCCUUUGCCUCCAUUGUUCCUACAGAUUUAAAUGUUGAUGGAAGCUAUAUCCCUAGGAUGGACGGCAUGGGCAUAGGGGGACCAAUUCUUGCAGAAACUGAAAAUCCAACGUGGGCUUACAUGCUGUCGGAAUUUAGGGCACCAAAAACUUAA